UGUAUCGAUAUUUUCAAAAGCCUAUUAACUAUAUUAAUUACAGAGCUGGCUCUUGAUUAAUUAUGGAGCUAGUGUUGCAUUAGACUUCAUAUUUUGAGCAGGUUAGCAAAUAAAUUGAUUAAAUAAUAACCAGUUUUGAAGAAAAUAUCUCUUCGAUUCCUAGCUGUGUUGUCGUCUAACCUGUUGGCUAGCUAGUGUGUCUAGAAUCUUUUUGACACCCUCAGUUUUGAAAGGCAGACUAACAAGUUUAGCUACAGAGACAUACCAUCUACUGUAGUGACUAGCAAUUCGUUAAAAACGACCAGAUCAGCAACCAAACAUCGACAGGCAAAAGCUGCAAAGUCCACGCAAGGAAAAAUAAGCGAUGGUUCCAAGGGGCGACUCCGCUCAAAACACGCGAUUCAAACGAAAUUACCGGGUUGCGACUCCUGUUGGUCAUGCGAUUAACUAGCAGGUCGUUCCAGCAGGGGAAAAAAAGGAGGGCUGCGUUUUGUUGUCUGGCGAAAUAUUGGAAAUAUAAGGCAGGGGCAUAAGGCUUGACUUUGCAGGGAUGUCGAGGUUAAAGCUGAUUUCUGCAACUGACACACAGUAUUCAGGGUCAUUACUGAAGUCUGUCAACGAGCAGCGGAAUGUUGGAUUGUUCUGUGAUGUCACCAUAAUUGUAAAUGAUCGUAAGUUCAAGGCCCACAGGAACAUCCUGUCAGCGUCCAGUGCUUAUUUCCACGAGCUCUUCUCUGCGACCGGGCAGGUGAUCGAGUUGAAUUUUGUCAGAGCAGAGAUCUUUGAGGAAAUCCUGAACUACAUCUACUGCUCCAGGAUCAUUCGGGUUCGCUCUGACUUGCUGGAGGAGCUCAUUGCAGCCGGUCGGGCCUUGGGUGUGAAAUUCAUUGCUAAUUUGGGUGUUCCGCUCUCCCUGAUUAGAGGCUUACCUGGCUUUUCCAAAGACAAAGAGGAAGAUGUGAAAGCUGCACAAGGAAAUAAUGAUCUCACCUCUCAGGCUGGAUCAGCGUGCAUGCCCAUUGUAACUGAUGAGUUUUCGCUGACUGCGGAAGAGUUUGUGCAGACUGAUGGGUCUGGUAACCUUGACAACAGUGAUGUUCUCUUUGUCUCCAAGCAGGAGCCCCAAAAUUUGGGGGUGUCUAGCAGCAUGUCGCUCACGCCUGAGUCCUCCGAAGUCACGGAUAGGGGUGGAUCUUCUGUAGAAAUGGAUGAGGUGCCCAAGGAAAAGAAAGGGACGAGCUCUGAAUCCAGUGCUGCUGGGACAAAGGAGGAUGGGGAAACGGAGAAAAAAACUGACACGCCUCCAGCUGAAACUUUAGAGGGAGGCGUGUUAAAGUCUUCUCUCCACAGCAGCACCUCCACCUCUCUGCCCACCCCAAUAGAAUCGCCAGACACCACAAUCAAUGUUCCCCCAUCACCUGCAAGUUCCUCCUCCCUGUGCAGCACACCAGCUACCCCAGCACAAACAAACUGCUCCCCUACCAAAUCUCCCAGCAGCUCCCUGCCUAAAGAAAACCAAGAAGUGUUGGGGGUCCAGCAGAAGCACUUGAACGCGGUUUUGGAAAAAUCGAAAGCCCCCCCGGCAGACUUCAAAAUUAAGGUCGCGGAUGGUAGGUCAUCAAGCAGCACCAAAAAUGGGGCAAGACUGAACAGCCCUAAAGCUAUCACGGCGGUAAAAAAAACAAUAACGCUGGACAAGGCAUCAGAAAUUGAUUCCUUGUCUACCGGCUGCAAGGUCUACGCCAACAUCGGGGAGAACACAUAUGACAUUGUUCCUAUGAAGGAGGACCCAGGUGAAGGUGAUUCCAAAGCCAGCAGGGGGAGGAAGGCACCGAUGACCCCUCCUUUCAGUCCCGAAAUGUCCCCUCAUUCACCCAGGGGGGCCUCAAGCAAGAAGAAGGCGAAGGUUGAGCAGGACGACCACUACGAGCUGAUCAUGGACGGGAAGACCUUUUACGUGUGCAUCGUGUGCAAGCGUCCCUACGUGUGUCUGACAAGCCUGAGGCGACACUUCAACACCCACUCCUGGGAGAAGAAGUACCCCUGCCAUUACUGUGACAAGGUGUUUGCCCUGGCGGAGUACAGAACGAAACACGAGGUCUACCACACGGGGGAGCGGCGUUACCAGUGCUUGCUGUGCAACGAGUUUUUCAUCAACUACCAGCUUCUCUCCUCUCACUGCAAGCAGGUCCACAACCAGGACCCCUCGGGCAGGAAGGAGAAGGACGACACCAACAACAACCUGUACCGCCUGCUGCCCUGUAAAACGGUGCAGUUCAAGCCCUACUCGUAUGUCACUGACAACUCAGGGGGAAUCCCGGUCAUCAACGAGGAAGGGAUUGUCUACCAUGUGGACCCUGCAAAGGAGCCCAUGGCAGCCCCAGGGCCUCACCCUCCCAACCAGGGCAAAGCGGUGAACUGGGAUGAUAUCUUUGUAGAGCCGGGGGCACAUGUCCAGCAACCAGAGCCACUCCCCCAGCGCCCAGAGACUCACACAAACCCUACCGAGCGCUCCUCAGAUUUCGAUUUUGUUAUACCAGAGACCUAUUGAGUUGAAGGGCUAACUGUGCUGGAAAUUGUGCCUUCUAAGCAGGGUUUCCCCUUUGGUGUUCAAGGGUCCAGGACAGAUUUCCAUACCUAACUGUAUAGCUGUUGUUUUAAACUAGUUGUGUGUAGGAAGCUCCCAUGUACUCCAGCACAGACUUGGUGGUUCUUGGCAUAGCUUGGCUUUAUUUUUUGUUUUUAAAUCAGUCUUGUCAUUGAAUUAUAUGUAGUCUCAUAUGUUUGACAGUUGCUUGUCCUGUAAUAUCAAAAAUCAUUAUAUGUCUGGACGCACAGCAUACAAGAGAAAUGAAUUCUAUUUUUUGUCAGCACUUAUUAAGAAUCUUACAGACCAUACACAAAACAGUGUUGAAUUACCCAAGGUGGACAUUAAACUCUUUGAGCUCCGUACAGUCAGUAGGUUUGGUAAUGUAGACUAAAAAUUGGAUGAGGGAUAAGGUAUGGUGACUUGAGAAGGAACAAAACCAUGACUGGGGGGGAAAAAAAAAAAAACUUCCACCAAAGAAACAGGAAAAUCACUCAUCUGAUGUUGGUCAUGAAUCAGUUGCUCUACACUCACAUUCAUGUGUCUGUGAGUGUUAAAGACCUUGCAUCCCGAUGAUGCAAAAGACCCCUGAAUCAGUGUGUCAUUCCCCAGCAUAAAACCUCAAUCUAUAU